AAGACAACUAUUGGUAAAGAUAGCCUAUAUACAGUUUUCAACUGCCAUAUGCGCAGCAAUAAAGUUCUUUAGACAACAUCUAUUGCCUGCCGAGCCCUGUUAUAGGAAUCUUUUCUUAAGUUAUAUAUUCAGACCGGCAACAUUGAAACACACAUGACAGAAGAGUAACAUUUAAGUGUGACAGUAUUCGUGUACCUCGUGGUUGAAAAACUCAUUUUUUGUUACUGAAUUACUGAACUUGGUGUAAACGUAUUUAUCUAUAUAGAAUAAGAUGGACAUGUCGUUUAAUAGAGGGCGGAGCGGCGGCUUUCGUGGGAAUCGUGGCGGCGGUGGACAUCGAGGCGACGGUGGGCAUCGUGGCGGCGGUGGGCAUCGCUUCGGCGGCCGCGGAUUUGACCAAGGACCACCUGAUCGCGUUGUUCCUCUAGGUUUUUGCAGUUAUUCAUGCGAAGAUGAUCUUGUUUGUAAAGUGGAAAUCGAGGAUGUGCCUUAUUUCAAUGCCCCUAUAUAUUUGGAAAAUAAAGAACAAAUUGGCAAGAUUGAUGAAAUAUUCGGCACCAUACGUGAUUAUUCUGUGACUGUGAAAUUGUCUGAAAAUUUGAAUGCCAAAAGCUUUAAAACUCAACAAAAACUGUUCGUAGAUCCGGCAAAGUUGUUACCUAUCUCGAGAUUUUUGCCUAAACCACCCCAAAGAAAGGGAAGUAAGAAAAAAAGUAUUAAUGGUGGUACGGGAGGAACUCGUGGAGGUGGGUUUUCUCGAGGAAGUCGAGGAGGAAGUGGCCGUGGCGGGUUUUAUAGGGGUCGUGGUAGCGCUGGCGGUGGUGGUUUUAAAAGAGGUGCCCGAGGCGGAGGACGAGGUCGCUGGUAGUACUAACAUUAUUUCAAAUUUAUUUGGAAAAUGUCAAAAUAACACUUAAGAUUAUAGAAAUAUUAAAAUAAAUGGUUAAACUUUAAAUAGCAUCCCUCCUAU